AUGAGUUUCUUAAUAUCAACACCUUACAAUGGGAUAAAGGUUUUAGAUCUUCAUGAUUACUCCAUGUCUAAAGAAUUUCUUAGAGGUUCUGGAUCAAUUGAUAAAAUAAUUCAUUUCGAAAAUGAUACUAGGUACUUGAUAAUCGUUAGGGGUAAUAUCAUAGAAUUAUAUAAAUGGACCAGAGAAUUCAAAUUGAUCAAACAAUGGAGGAAUAAUGUUAUGAAUGAUAAAGAUAAAUUGCUUGAUGUGGGUAUAAUUGAAAACCAAUAUUUAUAUAGUUGUUCAGUUAAUGGAGAGUUCAAAUUCAGAGACCUUAUUAAUGAUGAUAUUUCAAGUAGUUAUAAGUCCACGAUAUUGAAUUCACCCAUUGAAUGUUUAAAGGUGACAAGAAACCUAGACUUCAGAAUAUUACAUGGGGGUAAGAAUAAUAAAGUAAGAUGUGUUAGUUUAGAUGAACCACCAAAAAUAUUCAAUCCUAAAGAAUUUAAUAUUCCACGAUUUAAAAAUUUAAAUGUUGAAUGGACAAGGUCUGUAGAAAUAUGGAAUGAUUAUACAAUCACAGGAAAUCAAUGGGGUCAAAUCAAGAUAGUCAAAGAUGAGAGAGAAGAAAAAUUCAAGAUAAGUGAUUUUCCUAUAACGGCAUUACACAUUCAUAAGAAUUUAUUGAUAUUCAAUGAUCUAAUAUUCAAGAUCGGAAUUAUCAAUCUUAAAACCAUGAAAUUAAUUAACCAAUUCACUUUCGAUGGUCCUAUCAAACAAUCAUUAGUAUAUUAUAGGUCAGGACCUAUUUAUUUCAUAUAUACCACAUUUGAUAACAAAUUUAAAGUUUUGAAACUUUUCAAUAACAAUAAAACCAAACUUGUUCAUGAUAUACAGUUUGACUUUGAUUUAUGUUUUGAACUAUUGAAAUGGCAUUGA